CGACUUCUAACAAAGACCAAAGUUUAAAACUUCUCUCCUUGGAAAGAAAACCCACCUCGCAGUUCUUCCUCCAAGCGAAGCUGUUCUAUCAAUGGACAAGUUUUUGGCGCUAAUUUGCCCUAAUUCUCCAUCCGUAUGGGAUGGAAAGGGCUUCUCAGCGUGUUUCGAAGAUAUGGUUUUAGGUUUUGGACUGAAUGCAGCGACUAUUGGUAUAAUUGUUGUGCUUGGAUGCAUUCACAAGAGCAGCCGAGGAAUUCAAAGAUCAGACACGCAGAUGGCCCUUUUGCAGAAGCUUUUCCUGCAUCUUAUACCAGCUGUUGGAGCAUGUGCUUCGUUGUUGGACACAAUUUUUCUAUGGAAGAGAGAAAUUAACAGGCACUUUGCUGGAUAUCAUAAGUGGUUUUAUAGCUGUUCAGAGUUGAUGGUGUGGACAAAUAUCAUUCUCUUCUCACCGUGUGUCAGCAGUCAUUACAUGCUAUGCAACUAUGUCCUUUGUUACUGGUGGAUUAUGAAACCACUAUUCUGGAUCUUCCAUUUGCUUACAAAGUUCCCAUUGUUGGAGACUUCAAUAUGUGUUGUGGAAAGCUUUAUUCUUCUGCUGAAUAUCACAUUUGGCAUAUCUAUCAAUGUCAUAAGAAUAAAGAUAUUGUCUUCCAAAACCAGUUCACUUGAAGAUCCACUUCUUUCCAACCAUAUGGACCUUGAGGAAGGUUGCCAUCGUGAUCUUGGAAAAUCUAGGAACUUCUGUGAUUUGAUGACUUUCAAAUUCAUAAAUCCUGUAAUGAACCAUGGUGUGGUUAAACAACUGGACUUUGAAGAUCUGCUGGAACUACCUCCAGAUUUGGAUCCUUCUUCCUGUCAUGAUAUACUUUUCACCUGCUGGGAAGCACAACUGAGCAAUAAUGGUUCAAACCCAUCUUUACUUAGAGCAGUAUGCUGUGCAUAUGGAUGGCCAUAUCUCCGCCUAGGUUUAUUGAAGGUGGUUAAUGAUUGUAUUGGUUUUGCGGGACCAUUGCUUCUCAAUAAGCUGAUCCGGUUUCUUCAACAAGGUUCGGAGAGUUUGGAUGGAUAUUUACUUGCUAUAUCCUUGGGCCUCACAUCUGUAAUUAAAUCCUUCUUAGAUACACAAUAUAGUUUUCAUCUUGGCAAGCUGAAGCUAAGGCUACGAUCUAGCAUCAUGACUCUAAUCUAUCAAAAGUGUCUGUGUGUGAACUUAGCGGAGCGUUCAAAAUUCUCUAAUGGAGAGAUUCAGACAUUUAUGUCUGUGGAUGCUGACCGAACUGUCAACAUGUGUAAUAGUUUCCAUGAUGUGUGGAGCUUGCCUUUACAAAUUGGAGUGGCGCUAUAUCUUUUGUAUACUCAAGUCAAAUUUGCAUUUGUAUCUGGAUUAGCAAUUACCAUUUUGUUGAUACCAGUCAAUAAAUGGAUUUCAAAAUUGAUUGCAAGUGCAACUGAGAAAAUGAUGAAGCAGAAGGAUGAAAGGAUACGGAGGACAGGGGAACUUUUGACUUAUAUUCGCACUUUGAAGAUGAAUGCAUGGGAACUUCUUUUUUCUGGUUGGCUGAUGGAGACAAGAUCUUCUGAAGUGAAACACUUGGCUACCCGGAAGUACCUGGAUGCAUGGUGUGUAUUCUUUUGGGCCACAACGCCAACUCUCUUUUCUCUUUUCACAUUUGGACUCUAUGCAUUGCUGGGGCACCAACUUGAUGCUGCAAUGGUGUUCACUUGUCUGGCAUUGUUUAACACAUUAAUUUCACCACUGAAUUCAUUCCCUUGGGUGAUUAAUGGAUUGAUUGAUGCAAUUGUAUCCUCCAGACGGUUGAGCAGGUUUCUUUCUUGUCCUCAAAAUAAAUCUAAGGUGAAAGAGACCAAUUCAUGUUCCUUGCCAUACCAUAGUGAACAGCCUGACUCUUCGCAAGGUUUGGCAGUCUUCGUCCAAGAUGCUUGUUGUACUUGGUCAAGCAGUGAUGAAGAGACAUUAAAUUUGGUGUUGAACCAUGUCAAUCUAAGCCUGUCAAGGGGUUCCUUUGUUGCAGUGGUAGGAGAGGUUGGUUCAGGUAAAUCAUCAUUGCUAUAUUCGAUUCUUGGAGAAACACGGGCAGUUCAUGGAUCAAUUCACUCCGAUGGAUCAGUAGCAUAUGUACCCCAGGUCCCAUGGAUUUUAUCUGGAACAAUACGUGACAACAUAAUAUUUGGGAAAAAUUAUGAUCCCAAAAGGUAUGCAGAAACUGUUCAAGCAUGUGCUCUAGCUGUUGAUAUCUCAUUGAUGGUUGGAGGUGACAUGACUUACAUUGGGGAAAAGGGAGUCAACUUAUCUGGUGGACAGAGAACACGUCUUGCUUUAGCCAGGGCAUUGUAUCAUGGCUCUGAUGUGAUUAUGCUUGAUGAUGUCCUGAGUACAGUUGAUGCACAAGUUGCUCAAUGGAUCUUACACAAUGCCAUUCUAGGUCCACUUGUGCAGGGAAAAACUCGAUUGCUCUGUACCCAUAAUAUACAGGCCAUAUCCUCUGCUGAGAUGGUUGUUAUAAUGGACAAAGGACGCAUAAAGUGGGUGGGAAGUCCUAAUGACCACCAAGUCUACUCAUAUAUAACAUUCUCCCCGUUGAAUGAACUUGAUACGGCUGUACAGAAUCAAGGAAAAUCUUGCUGCACAAAUUCUUCCACAUUAAAAGAUCUCCCAGAUAGUGAAAUUAAACAUGUUGCGGAGGGAGCAGAGGAGAUCAUUGAAGCUGAGUCAAGGAAAGAGGGAAAAGUGGAACCUGGAGUGUAUAAAAACUACGCUAUGUACACUGGCUGGUUCAUUACAGUUGUAAUAUGCCUGUCAGCUGUUCUAAUGCAAGCUUCUCGUAAUGGAAAUGAUUUAUGGCUGUCAUUUUGGGUUGAUACGACACACAGCAGUCAAACAAGAUACUCUCUGCCCUUUUAUCUGGCUAUACUGGGUCUCUUUUGCAUCAUAAAUUCUUUUUUCACAUUGGUGAGGGCGUUCUCUUUUGCAUUUGGUGGCUUACAAGCAGCAAUUAAAGUGCACAACAAAAUGCUUGGUAAUCUUAUCAAUGCACCUGUGCAAUUCUUUGAUCAGACCCCAGGUGGAAGAAUACUCAACAGGUUUUCCUCGGAUCUUUAUACAAUUGAUGACUCCCUUCCAUUCAUUAUGAACAUUCUCCUGGCUAAUUUUGUUGGCCUCUUGGGCAUUGCAGUAGUUUUGUCAUAUGUUCAGGUCUUUUUCUUAAUCCUGCUAUUGCCGUUUUGGUUUAUCUACAGUAGACUCCAGUUCUUCUACAGGUCAACAUCAAGGGAACUACGACGACUUGACAGUGUUUCUCGUUCUCCAAUUUAUACAUCUUUCACGGAAACUCUUGAUGGAUCAUCAACUAUUAGAGCAUUUAAACUUGAGGACUUAUUUUUUUCCAAGUUCACUGAACACGUAACAUUGUAUCAGAAGACUUCUUUCACAGAGAUAGCAGCCAGUUUAUGGCUUUCCUUACGUCUUCAAUUAUUAGCUGCAUCUAUCAUCUCAUUUAUUGCACUGAUGGCUGUGGUUGGAGGUCAUGGCAGUCUGCCAAUCAGCUUUGGCACCCCUGGGCUGGUAGGUUUGGCACUCUCAUAUGCGGCUCCAAUAGUGUCCUUGCUGGGAAGCUUUUUAACAAGUUUCACUGAAACAGAAAAGGAAAUGGUUUCAGUUGAAAGAGUCCUUGAAUAUAUGGACAUUCCUCAGGAGGAAAUUGCUGGACGCCUAUUCAUGAAUCCAGAUUGGCCAAAUCAAGGCGUAAUUGAGUUCCAAAAUGUAACUUUAAAAUACAAGCCAUCUUUGCCACCUGCACUCUGCAAUCUUAGUUUCACAAUUGCUGGAGGGUCCCAGAUUGGAAUUAUUGGAAGAACAGGUGCUGGAAAGUCUAGUGUGUUGAAUGCCCUUUUCCGCCUUACCCCAAUAUGUACAGGAUCUAUAUUCAUUGAUGGCAUAAACAUUAGCAACAUUCCUGUCAGAGAACUACGUUCUCGUUUGGCUGUUGUUCCUCAGAGUCCAUUCCUAUUCGAAGGAUCAUUAAGGGAUAAUCUGGACCCCUUCCAAGUGCACGAUGACUUGAUAAUUUGGAAUGCUCUGGAGAAGUGCCAUGUGAAAGAGGAAGUAGAAGCAGCUGGAGGGCUACAUAUUCUCGUAAAGGAAUCUGGGAUGUCAUUUUCAGUUGGCCAAAGGCAGCUUCUUUGCCUUGCACGUGCUCUUCUCAAAUCUUCAAAGGUUCUAUGUUUGGAUGAAUGUACAGCCAAUGUGGACACACAAACUGCUUCGCUGCUGCAAAGUACUAUAGCUGAAGAAUGCAAGGGCAUAACAGUGAUUACAAUAGCUCACCGGAUAUCGACAGUUUUGAAUAUGGACAACAUUUUAAUUCUUGACCAUGGGAACCUGGCUGAACAAGGAAACCCCCAGGUUCUACUGAAACAUGAAUCCUUAUUCUCCAGCUUUGCAAAAGCUUCAUCAAUGUGAUGCUCUAAAAGUUGCCUGUUGAUGAGAUCUGACAAACUUGAAGCUUGAUUUCACAUAAAUACGGAGUCAAUGAGGCCAUGUUUUAACACUAAUCAUCUCUAGAAAUAAGUCUCUGCAGUGA